AUGUUAAGAUGGCGCCACCAAGCGCGUUUGGAAAGAAUGGCCGAGAAGAAACAAAAGAGAGAAGAGAUUGAGAAGAACAAGUCAGCAAGUAACAGUAAAGUUGAGGAACUCGAGCAGAAACUGAAAUCGGCGGAUAUCAGCGCUGAGGAGAAGGAAAAGAUCGAGAAAGAGAUUGCGGAAAUCAAGGAUCAGGAAGCUAAAUGGUUGGCGAAGGAGAAGGAGCUCGAGGAACAAGAGCGGCUUGAACCGUGGAAUGUGGACACCAUCGGACAUGAAGCCUUCAGUUAUUCACGUAUUAACAAAAUCGGCGAAAAGAAACCGCCACCAAAGUUGUCCGAUGAGGAGGAUUCAAAGAGAAUGACGAGCUUCUUCGAUCAAAACGAAAGCCUGAUUCAAGAGUAUGGGAGGCUAAAAACAUUGGAAGAAUCUGAAGAGUUUAUUCUUGAGCACCCACAUCUCGCUAGCGAGUACACGGCCAACUACCUUACGAUCGAUGCGCUAAAUCUGGCAAUCGAUUAUAAAGACGAAGAGAUGAGUAAUGUGGCUCGUCAGUGUAUCGUUGUGCAGUAUCUGUUAGAACUCGCGAGAAACAUGAAUGCUAUCCCAACGAAUAUCAACAUUAUUAAAGCUUUCUUCAAAAAAUUCCGAGCUGCAGAUCCGCAAUAUCUCAAAUUGUACACGGAUGAGGUGGCAGCAUUUGAAGAUAGAUUAAGGCGGCGUGCUAAAGAGAAACGAGAUGCCGCGCUUGCUGAGUACGAGGCUGAAGAAAAGGAAAAACGUGUUGCUGCUGCUCCAGGCGGUCUUGACCCACAAGAGGUAUAUGAAUCACUCCCUGCUGAAAUGCGUGCGGCCUUUGAUAGCCAAGAUGUUUCUCAGUUGCAACAGGUCGCCCUCUCAAUGGAUAGAGAGGUAUUCACGUACCAUUUCCAACGCUGUAUUGAUUCUGGCUUGUGGGUACCAAACGCGAACGCCAAGGCCGAGGAAGGUGAACACGCUGAUGAAGUUCAAGAGGUUGGUUCAGUUCAAUUUGCUGACUGA